UCCUCCGAGAUCCCGCCCCCGCCUCGCCGCGCCGCGCCGACAGCCUUUCCGCCCCGUCGCGAUGCACAGGCGCGCCCCCGCCGCGGCCCUCCUCGUCGUCCUCGCGCUCUCCGUUUCCAUUUCCGUCUGCGCUGACGCCGACCAGGUCGCUAAUGGCGCUGCCGGGAAUGGCACCGGGACCGGCGUCGCCCGCCUGGACCGCCGUACCAAGAUGUUCCUCCAGACGGCGCGGGCGCGCGGGGACGCUGUGGGGGCGCAGGAGCCGGGGCUGGGGCUCUUCGACGCCUUCUUCGCCAGCCUGUCCAUCAUCGUCGUCAGCGAGAUUGGGGAUGAGACGUUCAUCAUCGCGGCACUGAUGGCGAUGCGGCACCCCAAGUCGACGGUGCUCUCCGGCGCGCUGUCGGCGCUGGUCGUUAUGACAGUGCUGUCAACUGGGCUAGGCAGAAUUGUUCCAAAUUUGAUAUCAAGGAAGCACACUAACAGUGCAGCAACUGUCCUUUACGCAUUCUUUGGGCUACGUCUGCUGUACAUUGCCUGGAGAUCAGAUUCCAAGGCAUCACAGAAAAAGGAAAUAGAAGAAGUAGAGGAAAAGCUGGAAGCAGGUCAAGGGAAGUCAACAUUUAGACGUGUUUUCUCGAGAUUCUGCACUCCUAUUUUCUUGGAGUCAUUUGUGUUGACCUUCCUAGCAGAGUGGGGCGACCGGAGUCAGAUUGCUACGAUCGCGCUGGCAACACACAAAAACGCGAUUGGUGUUGCUACAGGAGCAACCUUGGGGCACACCAUCUGCACAUCGAUCGCGGUGGUGGGUGGCAGCAUGCUGGCGUCCAAGAUAUCUCAGGGCACAGUUGCGACCAUUGGAGGCCUCCUCUUCCUCGGGUUCUCUCUUUCGUCAUAUUUCUACCCGCCAUUGUAGUAGCACCCAGCCCUGCCUUCCCAUCCUUCUAGUUCCUCCUGCUAGCCCCUAUUUCUGUUGAUCAGCCACACCCUAACCUCUGUGGCCUUCUCACCUUGCCUAGCAUCCUCAUCUGAUCCAGUGAUCCUAUUUUUUGUUGUAUCAGUGUGCACAGAUAUGAGUAGGGGUAUGAUCAAUGCCAAAUUGCCAAUGUAA